AACACCGUGGAGACCGAACUUACAGGCGUAGGUCCAGCGGAUCGGGACCGGUGAGUGCAUUGUGCCAAGAUCCAAGAUCGAGACUCAUCCUAAGAUAAAUGAACACCACGUGGAUGGAUACUGCGGAUUAAGGUGAUUGGAUCUUUUACGAAAAGAUGAUUUCGCGGUAUCAAAUUUUGUGCGCGCUCCUGCUCUACGGCGCUGUUCAGCUGUACCAGGCAAUGGCGCAAGUAGACGGUUACACACCUGGCGUGGAUUAUCCGAUCUACGACACGGUACCUUUCGGCCUUACGUUUACCUGUGGAGGCAAGUUACCUGGUUACUAUGCCGAUCCUGAAGCUAGAUGUCAGGUAUGGCACUGGUGUUUACCAAAUGGGCGCAUGUUCAGUUUCCUUUGUCCAAAUGGCACCGUUUUCAGUCAGUCGGCUCGCGUAUGUGAUUGGUGGUUCAAGGUUGAUUGCAACGAUUCGCCAAGACUGUACGGUAUCAACGACGACCUGUACAGAGACGUGAACGGGAACAAGAUCUAAUCUAAUUUUGUAAUCGGUGAACAUUUAAACGCGUGCAAACAAAGGAUAUUCACGUGUACAGCCUCCUCGAGACAAGAGAGUAUUUCAAUAGAAGCGAGAUUCGUCGAACGAGUUGUGAGUUCCUAGCUUGCCGGCGGAGAAACGCGCAAACAGAACGCUGUAAUAUUCUCAGAUGCUAAAUUACACGUUGAUCAAUCGUUACGAGCUGUUCGAGCUUCUAGCUAUACCCUCGACAGAAUUUCGUCACAGGUACCACCCACCUCCAUGGAACUAUUAAAACUCGAUCGUACAAUAUGUUCUGAUAAAUCGUUCGAAUAGCUCUUAACCGCCUUAUAACAGAUUCGAUUCUUUAAUAAAG